AUGCCUGGUAUCACUGCGAUGGAGCCGGUGCUCGCAUUUGAUCUCGCGGUCGGUUUGAGGGUAGGGUUCCUGUUGGUGUUGAAGAUGGUCUUCGAUAUCAGACCACUGAACACCUCGGUGUUCGCAAAGCCGCAAGACGCCCUCCCCGUCGAUACAGAUGCGCUCGUUCUCGGACAACCUCAUCUACUCUUUCAAAAAUGCUCUGAUGGAAUGGAGGACUCGGAAACCGGAACAGAACAGUGUAUUGAGGGUGUCAACAGUGAAGUGAACUUGCGCCUGUCCCACGGCUCGUUGUUUGUGAAUUUAACCUUCAAGUCCUGGGGUCUCAUUUGGUCGGUUAGGCUGCUCAAGGCAUUGUCUUGA